ACAUUCAGAUGCGCCUGGAUCUGCACCACGAGAGUUACAACACCAACUGAGGCCUCAAUGUCACGGAGUCUAAACAGGAACCAGACACACAAGAGGCAUUUUUAAAUCUCUGAUGUCGUUUUAUUUGGAUAUAUAGAGGAUAUUCUUCAAUAAGGGAAUGACCUCUUGAGGAGCCCCCCCAUCUCCCUCCCCUCCUGUCUCGUCUCUUUCUUCUGUAGUUGAAGGUCCACUAUGUCCAUUCACAUUUUUAGACAGGUGGAGCUGAUGAUGCGCCCGGCCUGCUGCCAGACCAUCAGAAGCAGAUUGUGUUUGCACAAGGCAGUGUUGCCCCCUGUGGGUCAUUCUGGCCGGUGUAUCUCUGGGGUUCCUGUGCUUCAUAGAAGGGCCUUCAGCCUGGACUCUCUCUCUUCGGGUCCUGGUCGACAUACCCUUGGUCAAAGCUCCCAGCAGCCUCUUGCAGAGAGGACGUCUUCCUCAGCACUCGCACAGAGGAACCUGUCUGCUGUGGCUCUACAGGGCAAGUGUCGUCCUCUGUCCAGGUAUGACUUCCUGCAUGACUUGCUGGAUCUCGGUGACGUUGAGGAGAAUAGACUCCAUGCUCAGUCUUCUAAAAUGCCCAGACACUACAUAGUGGACCCAGACCUGGCUCAGCUGGUAGCACAGCAUAUAGAACCUGAGGAUGCUAAAACUGUUAUCUUCGAAUGUAACCCAGGUCCUGGGGUGUUGACGAAGACUCUUAUAAACGCUGGAGCUCAGAGAAUUGUGGCUCUUGAAGGGGAUAAGUUGUUCCUACCAAAAUUACGGGAGUUGGAAGGCCGUCUUGAUGGUCAGCUGGAAGUGGUUCACUGUGACUACUUUAAACUAGACCCUGUGGGCAAUGGAGCCCAUGGACCCCCUUCUAUGUUCACUGACAAACUGUUCAAUGAUCUGGGAAUAUCAGAGGCUAACUGGACUGAUGGUGAGAAAAACAAACUGAGGAGACACUGCACUGUG